AUGGCUUCAUUUCUUGCUGUUUCAUUGGUGUUCAUAUUCUCUCUUUGCAGCAGUUUGGCUUCUGCAACAAAUCCUCCAGUUCUUGACGGACUACUUGACAAUGGAAACUUCGAAAUGGGGCCAAAACCAUCAAACCUAAAUAAAACAGUGAUCAUAGGGAAAUACUCGCUCCCCAAAUGGAUAAUCAGUGGUAUAGUCGAGUACAUCUCUGGUGAGCCACAGCCCGGUGGCUUCUACUUCGCCGUCCCUCACGGUGUUCACGCCGUAAGGCUUGGAAAUGAAGCUUCCAUUUCUCAAUAUAUCAGGAACCUAAAGCCAGGACAUGCUUCCGGUCCCGAAAGUAGUGGUGCCAUGUGGGAGGUUUUGGGAAGCUUAAAUAACUUUCUGCUCGAGAGUCCGGUUGUUGAGGACCCUUCAAUGGAACUCGUUGAAAAUAUGGGGAACGCUCCCACGGUCAUUCAUGACGUUCUGCCUGAGAAUCCCACGGUGGUGGUCCCUGAAAAUAUCCCUCCCAUUGCCCCUGCUGUGGAUGCUGGAAAUGGGAUGCCGCCCAUAUUUAACCCCAACGAUAGAAGGUUGGCGAUUCAAUUUUUGGCCAAGAGACUCAGAAACGAGCCUCUCGAGGAAAAUUGUUUCCAUGAAAUCAAUUUCUAUGACUUUCCACACCUAGCAGGUACCAAUAAUAUUAAUGUAAUUGUAUUUGCUAUGAUCCUUUGA